AUGUCAGCAUUCUCAUUUUCAUUUUUAAAUAAAAUACCCAGAGGAACCUACAUAGGCAAUAUGUGUAAAAUAUAUUGACAUAUAAUAAAAUGCAUUAUAAUACAGGCAAGCUAGCAUUUAAAAGCUCUACCCAUUGAGUGCCAGUGCUCUCCCAUUCAGACAAGUAAAAUCAUCUGGUGCUAGGAACUGGAACCCCCUAAAUUCAGGGGCCCCAGUUCUUUGUCGGCAUGCACGAUUGCUAAAGUUAAACCAAUAACAGUACAGGAAAAAUUCAAUUUCCCCCAACCCAAUGCCUUCCUAGCCUGCGCACAGGCAUUGCUCUGGGUACGAGAUUGAGUAAAAUACUAAUGUCAGGUGCAUUGGGUACAAUGCAUCCCAAUGGGUAAAUUAUGACCCUUGAGAAUAAUUAUCUGAGCAGUGGUAGCAGUAGUAGCAGCAGUGGUAGCAGUGGUAGCAGUGGUAGUUUUAGCAGUGGUAGCAGCAGUGGUAGCAGUAGUAGUAGUGGUAGCAGCAGUAGCAGCAGUGGUAGCAGUGGUAGCAGCAGUAGCAGCAGUAGCAGCAGUGGUAGCAGCAGUGGUAGUAGCAGUGGUAGUAGCAGUGGUAGCAGUAGUAGCAGUGGUAGCAGUUGUAGCAGUGGUAGCAGUGGUAGCAGUGGUAGAAAUUGA